GCGUUGCCACGCUCUCACUCUCUUUUGCUCUCUCUGGUGAGGGAAAUGAGCAGUGACACAAGCAGGCGGGAUCAUGCCGCCAUGGCCGUGCGGGAGGUCCUCGCCGGCGACAGGAAGGUGGGCACCGUGUCCAGGUCGGCGAGGAGGAGGAGGCUUGAGCUCCGGAGGCUCGGGCGGACGGCGUCGGCGGUGGCGGAGGAUGACGCCGCGAAGAGGGUGCGGCCGGCGUCGGACAGCUCCUCCGACUCGUCGGAGUCGGCUAAGGUAGCGCCCGAGCCCACCGCGGAGGUGGCGAGAUGGCCGGCGUGCGUGUCGCACGGGGCGGUGUCGGUGAUCGGGCGCCGGAGGGAGAUGGAAGACGCCAUCUUCGUCGCGGCGCCGUUCUUGGCCGCCUCGAAGGAGGCGGCGGUGGAGGGGAGCGGCGUCGCGGAAGAGGAAGGCAAGGAGGAGGAUGAGGGGUUCUUCGCGGUGUACGACGGGCACGGCGGGUCCCGCGUGGCGGAGGCGUGCCGGGAGCGGAUGCACGUGGUGCUCGCGGAGGAGGUGCGGGUGCGGAGGCUGCUGCAGGGCGGGGGCGGCGGCGCCGACGUCGAGGACGAGGACCGCGCCCGUUGGAAGGAGGCCAUGGCGGCCUGCUUCACCCGCGUGGACGGCGAGGUCGGCGGCGCCGAGGAGGCCGACACGGGCGAGCAGACGGUGGGCUCCACCGCCGUCGUCGCCGUCGUGGGUCCCCGCCGCAUCGUCGUCGCCAACUGCGGCGACUCCCGCGCCGUCCUCUCCCGCGGCGGCGUGGCCGUGCCGCUCUCCUCCGACCACAAGCCAGACAGACCUGACGAGAUGGAGAGAGUAGAAGCAGCAGGUGGCAGGGUUAUCAAUUGGAAUGGAUACCGUAUCCUCGGUGUCCUUGCUACUUCUAGGUCAAUUGGAGACUAUUACCUCAAGCCAUAUGUAAUAGCUGAGCCUGAGGUCACAGUCAUGGACAGGACGGACAAGGACGAGUUCCUCAUAUUGGCGAGCGACGGGCUGUGGGAUGUGGUAUCCAACGAUGUGGCCUGCAAGAUUGCGAGAAAUUGCUUAAGCGGGCGGGCAGCUUCCAAGUACCCAGAAUCCGUCUCCGGGAGCACCGCAGCCGAUGCUGCCGCCCUGCUGGUCGAGCUCGCCAUCUCCCGUGGCAGCAAGGACAACAUCAGCGUCGUCGUGGUCGAGUUGAGACGGCUGAGGAGUAGAACGACGGCGAGCAAAGAGAACGGUAGGUAGCGUGUAGAAGUUGGAGCGGCUGUCACAGCAUUUGAGCAUGGCGAGAGAGGAAGAAGCUAGAGGAUUUGCAGCUGAGUUUGCUGGGAUGUUUGUAAAGAGAAGGCUCAGGAUAUUAUUCCGUCCAUAGAGCUGCUCCGAUGUCGUGACCGAUGAGCGUGUGCUAUUUGUAGCUGAGAUGCUGUAUUGCGUUGAGUUGGGUUCUUUAGUUCUUAAGCUGACAUUUCGGCCGAGGCAGCAUGAAGCAUGUGCUGAUUUCGUCUGUUCUGAUCAUUGGUUAUCUCUGUCUCUCGUGUCA